GAGAACACAACACCUUGUUCACUGCUCAUCAAUUUUCCCCUCAAGGAGAGCUGAUUCCGAGGAGGGAUCGAACGUCAAAUCCCCAAGAAAAUGGAUUCCUCCUCCAAUUUCCGACCUCUGUUCCUUCUUGCUCUGUUUCUGCUUUCCUCCUCCUGCCAAACAGAAGCAGAGGAAUUGGAUACCCUCAGGAAUGGAACCACCAGUUUCAACGGCACAGACAGAGGAAGAUGUAAUUGGUUCAGAGGAAAAUGGGUGUACGAUGAAUCUUACCCUCUCUACGACGCCUCUUCUUGUCCCUUCAUAGAUCCACAGUUUAACUGCCAAAAAUACGGCCGUCCCGACACUCUGUACCAGAAAUUCAGGUGGCAGCCAUUUUCAUGUCCCUUGCCCAGAUUCAAUGCUUUGAAUUUUCUGGAGAAAUACAGAGGGAAGAAGAUAAUGUUUGUCGGUGACUCACUGAGUUUGAACCAAUUCAACUCGCUGGCUUGUAUGAUUCACGCUUGGGUGCCAAACUCAAGGACCACGUUCAACAAGAGUAGGAACGCUCUUACCUCAGUGACCUUUGAGGAGUAUGGGCUGGAGCUGAAUUUGUACCGGACGGCGUAUUUGGUGGAUGUGGAUCAUGAGAGCGUGGGACGAGUGUUGAAACUUGAUUCCAUUAAGAGCGGUGAUGCUUGGAGAGGAAUGGACGUGCUGGUCUUCAACACGUGGCACUGGUGGACCCACACUGAGACCUCACAGCCUGUUGUUGACAAACACUGUAUGGAAGCAUGCAGGUGGGAAUAUAUGGAGGCAGAUAAGAAGCUGUACAAGGACAUGAACCGUUUCAUCGCCUUCUACAAAGGGCUAACCACUUGGGCCAGGUGGGUCAACCUCAAUGUGGAUCCUGCCAACACCAAGGUCUUCUUCUUGGGCAUUUCUCCUGUACAUUAUGAGGGGAGAGACUGGAAUGAACCAGAGAGGUCAUGCACGAAGGAGACACAGCCGUAUUUCGGGGCCAAAUACCCAGCAGGGACACCAAUGGCGUGGGUGGUGGUGAACAAAGUGUUGAGCAGGAUCAAGAAGCCUGUCUAUUUUUUGGACGUUACGACGCUUUCUCAGUACAGGAAAGAUGCUCACCCUGAGGCUUACAGUAACAUUAUGGCUGCUGAUUGCAGUCACUGGUGCCUCCCUGGCCUCCCUGAUACCUGGAAUCUCCUUCUCCAUGCUGCUCUCUUUUCUUGAUUUUUCCUAACUGGUUUCCUCUUUCCUGAUUUUUCUUUUUUCCUUUUGCUUUGGGGGGUUUUUAAUUUGCUUACGUAAGUGGGAGCAAUAAACCCCAGCAAGGGAUUGGUGUUAUGCUCCAAAGUUGUAAAGUUUGAUUAUUUUUUGGCACAAACUUGCCUUCAUUAUUACCCAAAUCAUUAACAUUCUCUAUGGUCAUCAAUGACUACCUCAAA